AUGGCACGAACAACCUCCUUACCUCAGGUUGUGUCAGAAUCAAUUGAGAUUCGAAUCGACGACGUUUUGGUCAAUUUGUCCAUUGUUCGUUCCCAUGGGCCUCUCUCUCCAAUCUUCUUUUUGCAAGGCUUCGGUGGCACAAAAGAAGACUAUGUUGAUAUUGUUCUCAAUCCUCUCUUUGUUGGCCGACCUUUCCUAGCCUACGACGCGCCUGGCAGUGGAGAAUCGACCAUAUCUGAUCCAUCAAAACUGUCGAUGCCUCUCCUUGUUUCAAUCGCCGAGAAAGUCCUGGACCACUUCAAAAUCACUCGUUAUCACCUCGUCGGUCACUCGAUGGGUGGUCUUGUGUCGAACCUCCUAGCCCAAAGGCAGCCAUCUUCAGUGUUAAGUUUCAUCAACAUUAAAGGGAACUUAGCACCAGAAGAUUGCUUUCUAAGCCGACAAAUUGUAGACUUUUCAUCGGAUGACCCAGAUGUCUUUAUGGACGAGUUCAUCAAGCGAACUCGCAGUUCCUUGCUCUACGGAAAUGGAAUCUAUGCCGCUUCAUUAAGAGGAAAGGUGCAGGCCGCGGUGAUUCGGCCCAUCUUUGAGUCAAUGGUUGAUUGCACCGAUAAUUGGAACUUAUUGGAAGCUUUUGAAGGUUUUGGAUUUCCUACGAUGUACAUGUUUGGAGAGCAAUAUUCCUCCUUGACGUACUUGCCACGGCUGGUAAAAGCUGGAGUGGAGUUGGCCGAGAUUCCUCAUAGUGGUCACUUUGUCAUGUAUUCGAAUCCUAUAGCAAUGUGGGAGCGAAUUUCACAAUUUCUAGGUCGGGUUGAGAAGGUCAUAAGAGUGCGGACUAUAGCUCAAUCAUGA